UCCCUGUGUGUGCACAUUGCUUGCCUUACAAGCCGUGCAGGCUCUGCCAUCUAGAGCACUUUGUGAGAUCACUCCACUUUGCUGCUUUUCCUUCUUCCCUCUCUGCAUGGCUGUGUGUGCCUGUGUCUCCCUGUCUCUCUUCCCCCCCGGUACAGCUCAGCCCCCCAGCCCAGCACACAGCACACACACACACACAGCAGCUGGGCUUGCCUGUAUCAACUUGAAGACUUGCAGUGCUGAAAUGCAUGUCUUACCUUGGGAUGCACUAGGAUCAGAACGCUCAAAAAUCCUGCAGGCUGCUUAGUCCUCCAAGACUGGGGUUUUUUUUAAAUCACACAGGAAAAUAACAAGUUAUUCACUCUUUUUUAUUCUCUUUCUUCUCCUGUUUUUUUCCUUUCUUUUUUAUUUUCGUGCUUUGGAUAUAACUGGACAAGGAGUCUCAGGGAUUGACACGCUCGGACUUCACUGAAUCAGGCUGCAUCUGACAAACAAUCUUGUCUACAUUUUGGGUUGCUAGAGAUCAACUGGGAUUUUUCUGAUUCUAUCUUCUUUUCAAAAAAAGGAUGCAUGGAAUAGAAAGAAGGUCUAAGUACCUGUGUGAGACUAUUUUACCGAACCUGGGAUAAAUGUUACUUCUCAAAGGUACAGUAGCGUGAUUUACAAUGGAAAAAUUGCUCUGCGGCAUCCUGGUGUUUGGAAUGGCUGUCACAGUCAACGCUUGUCCCAAAUAUUGUGUGUGUCAGAACCUGUCUGAGUCACUGGGGACUUUGUGUCCCUCCAAGGGUCUCCUUUUUGUACCACUAGACAUAGACCGAAGGACUGUUGAACUCCGUCUUGGGGGCAACUUUAUUAUCAAUAUCAGCCGGCAAGAUUUUGCCAAUAUGUCUGGACUUGUUGACCUUACUUUGUCCAGAAACACCAUUAGUUACAUACAGCCCUACUCCUUCACUGACUUGGAGAGCCUUCGAUCUUUACAUCUGGAUAGCAACAGGUUGCCUGAGAUUGAAGAGGAUACUUUAAGAGGUUUAAUUAACCUUCAGCAUUUGAUUUUAAACAACAACCAGCUAAGCAGCAUUUCUGAUGAAGCCUUUGAGGAUUUUUUACUGACUUUGGAAGACUUAGACCUUUCCUACAAUAACCUCCGAAGCAUUCCCUGGGAAUCUAUAAGAAAGAUGAUAAACUUGCACCAGCUCAGUUUAGAUCACAACCUAAUAGAUUAUAUAACAGAGGGGACAUUUGCAGAUCUUCAGAAAUUGGCCAGAUUGGAUCUAACAUCCAACAGACUUCAGAAGCUCCCCCCUGACCCUAUAUUUGCCAGAUCACAAGUAAUGCCAUUGGUUGUUACCCCAUUUUCACCACCUCUGUCCCUCAGCUUUGGGGGAAAUCCACUGCAUUGCAACUGUGAGCUGCUGUGGUUAAGGCGGCUUGACAGAGACGACGACAUGGAAACUUGUGCUUCCCCUCCGAGUCUAAAGGGAAGGUACUUCUGGUACGUACGGGAAGAGGAGUUUGUUUGUGAGCCUCCUCUUAUUACACAACACACUCACAAGCUGCUGGUUUUGGAGGGACAAACUGCCACGCUGAAGUGCAAAGCCAUUGGGGACCCCAGCCCCAUCAUUCACUGGGUGGCCCCUGACGACCGUCUCAUUGGAAACUCCUCGAGGACAGCUGUCUAUGACAAUGGCACCCUCGAUAUCCACAUCACCACCUCCAAGGACUACGGGACUUUCACCUGCAUAGCAGCCAAUGCUGCAGGAGAGUCCACUGCAACGAUUGAGCUCUCAAUUGUCCAGCUCCCCCACCUCAGCAACGGCACAGGCAAAGCAGCUCCGCCGAAAUCCAGGCUCUCGGACAUCACCAGCUCCACCAAGACCAAUCGUGGUGAAACAAAAGGUCCACCAGAAAGGGCUGUCCUGGUGUCAGAUGUGACCACUACCUCAGCUUUGGUCAAGUGGACAGUCAGCAAGUCGGCCCCUCGGGUAAAAAUGUAUCAGCUGCAGUAUAACUGCUCAGAUGAUGAAGUCCUGAUCUACAGGAUGAUACCAGCUACAAACAAGGCCUUUGUUGUAACCAACCUUGUUUCUGGAACAGGCUAUGACCUCUGCGUCCUGGCAAUGUGGGAUGACACGGCCACAACCCUUACUGCCACCAAUAUUGUGGGAUGUGCCCAGUUCUUCACCAAGGAAGACUACCCUCAGUGCCAGUCGAUGCACAGUCAGUUCUUGGGUGGGACCAUGAUUCUGAUCAUUGGGGGCAUCAUUGUGGCCACUCUGUUGGUGUUUAUUGUAAUUCUCAUGGUCCGCUAUAAGGUCUGCAGCAAUUCCCAGGGCAAGAUGUCCAACGUCAGCAAUGUCUACUCGCAGACGAACGGAGCACAACCGGUUCAGAACGGAGUCUUGCCCCAAGUCAAUCCCAAAGUGGUGGUGAGAAAUGAACUGAUGGAGUUUAACUGUCAGUCUGCACGGAGCAGCAUCUCCUCGUCCUCCAGCUCUGCAAAUAGCCGUGACUGUGACAACUACAGCCUCCAAAGUGAACAGGGCACAUUGUCCAGUAAAUGGAGGCCUCCUUCCCGGUCAAAACACAAUAUUGACCGGCUAAUGGGAGCUUUUGCCUCCCUGGAACUGAAAUGUCAGAAAAAGGAGGAGAUGACAGACUCCAGAACUUCCACGGUGGCCCGCCACACGGACAAAGAGCCACUGCUGGGCCAGACAGAGUCCAAAUUCCGCAGCUUCCUCAUGUUGCCUCUGGAGGGCAAAACUAAACGUAGCCAUUCUUUUGACAUGGGGGACUUUGCCACAUCUCAGUGUUGCACCUACCCAAAAAAGAUAACAAACAUUUGGACAAAGAGGAGCCUCUCGGUCAACGGCAUGCUUUUGCAGUAUGAUGACAAUGACCUAACAGGGGCCAAAGGGACUUUUGGGAGCUCAGAGUGGGUAAUGGAAAGCACGGUGUAAAUAUCAGCGUCUCCCCGCUUCUCUUCUCCCCUCAUGUGUUAUAAAGCACGGUUUGCUUCAGGGCCGUGCAAUUGGAAAGAGAGGGGAGGAAACAUUUUCUGUUGUACUGGCCAAAAAGAUAGGCAAGCAAGUUACAGGAAUAGUAAAAGAGAAAGAGGGUCAUGAAAUGUGAAUCGGCACAUAUGGUACCAUUCCUGUCUGGCCCCAACUAAACCAUGCGUGAAUGUUUCAAGGAAUUUGCUAGUUGUAUUUAGCAUUGCUUUCCAAAAGUUACUCAGACUCCUGGUGAACUUUCACACAAGAUUAAACAAGGAGGAUGAAAAGGGAUUUAACAGCAGAAAUUUAAUUUUACAGGGUUUCUUUUUACUUUCUUUGUUUUUGUUUUAAUGGCACCUCUUUUUUUUGUUGUUGUUUUUUUUUGUUUGUUUGUUUUUAACCACAGAAAUACACUUCUGUGGAUAAUACUGGUGCUAGGAUAUAUCUGGUUGUCAUUCCAAGGAAUUUUCUCAAAAGUGCAGGCAGGGCACCCACAGGGGCAGAUCAGACUAAAUUGUUCAGCAUAAUCUCAUGGUCUUAACUGUGAAAUCAGGGCAAACUGUAUUUGCUGUUGAAUGGACUUUUGUUUGGUAUUUAACUAUUUCUCUUCUGUUUUGAUUUGUUACUGCUUUUGAGUUGCUUUUUUCCCACAACACAAGGUAAGUUUCCAUGCAUAUUUUGUUUUGUUUUCAGCCUCAUCAAAUCCCCCAGAUGGAAAGGAGGAUAUGUGUAAAGGUGAAAUAUCUGAUGUACUGUAUAACCCACUUCUAAUACCAUCCCUUUUUGUCCCAGGGAAAAUUGAAUCUAGGGACAAAUAAUUAAAAAAAAAACAAUCAUUUUUCUUCCAUCUCCUUCAUA